GCUCACGUGUGUUGAAUAACAGUGAGUCCGGCUGCUUGUGUAAUCACGUACGGUAGGCUGCUAGACCCCCGUGCCCAGGUAUUAAACAAUAAAAAUUAUUGGUAUGGGGAAAGAAGCUUUUCAUUGCUUGAUAUGGUGGUAGGGGAAAUGGAAUCCUUGGCUAAAAUCUUAAUAUUUUAUCAAUUACUUAUUUGUGAAUCUCUUCAAGAACGAAAAGGGUUUAUUUACAGCGUGGAGGAAAGCAGAAAAUACAUGUGCGAUCCAAAAUCCAAGCGAGUUUUUUCUGCCUCUAGUAGGCUGCAGUGUACAGGGUUUUGCUUGAAAGAAGAAGAGUGUCAUUUGCUAAACUUUGCUGAAAAAGGAGGACAUAGAAUCCCAAAUCACAAUUGUGAGAUCUACACCUCAUCUACUUCAAAUGAAGACUGCCAAAAAGUGGUUUCAAGCCAUUUGUGGUUGGCCAUGAAAUUGAAGAGAAUUCCGUCUAAAGAAGAGGAAGUUGUUCAGAGGGAUUACAACAGCUGCAAAGAGAUUUUCGAAAGGAAAGAAGCAAGUCUUGUUUCAGAUGGCGUAUACGAACUCCGUUCAGGAAGGCACUACUGCUCCAUGAAUCCACUUGGGGAGUGUCUUGGUAAUGGAUGGACCUUAGCAAUGACUGUGAAUGGCUCCAAGGAAACAUUUAAAUCAGACAGCGCUUUAUGGACCGAUGAUAGUUUGUACAACGUGAAAGAAGGACUGAAAAACCCCUUAUCUGAAGAAGCAAAGUAUCCUGCAUUCACCAAAAUCCAUGCUAGCGAGGUCUGCAUUGGACUAAAGCAUGAUGGCAUACAAAAAUGGCUGCAUAUUCCGGCACUGGGCAGCUCCUUGUCUGACAUCUUCAAAACAAAUUUAUAUCGACAGACAGGGUUCGGACAUAAUAAAUGGAAAACACUGCUUAAGAAUUCAUCACUCCAGCACUAUUGCAGUAGAGAAGGGUUCAACGUUCGCAUUGAUUUGGGUGAAAUAUAUGCACGAAUCGGCAUUAUAAGCAGUAAUAAAAGAGGGGUAGGAAAUGAGUGCAGAGAAUCAGAAUCAUACAUUGGGAUAGGAACAAAAUGGGGAAGUAUGAAUGGGUGCCGCAAAAAUUUUAAUGGGGUCUCUUGUGGAAACCUAGCCUUUUGCAGUCCUGAUAAUGGUGAGAAAACAGCAGCAGCUUUUGGCAUGAUCUUUGUUAAAUAACAUCUAAACCCGUACAGGAGACAUUGCAAAUAUAAUGAGACCUUUCUGUAAGAAACCAAUAGAUACAAAAGAAUAACAGAAGACACACGUUUUGAGGGUUAUCGUUGAAAACGCAGUGGGAUAAUGACACUUUUAAUUAUUUUAAUGAAACAUUUCUUGCACAAAAUGAAUACGCCUACAUUUGAGUAUGGCUGAUUAUUUGGAUUGCAGCUAAUAGUUCUUGGCUUUGCAGGCUAAAUCUGAAGUUUGACACGAUAUAUACGGGGAUAUCUAAGAUUAUUUCCAAAUCAUGACCGAAAUAGACUAAAUGAAUUCCUAUAAAAUUGACAGAUUUGUAGGUUUGUAGUAAGAUCAUGUUUUAUGUAAGAAGAGAGAGAUUGACAAGUAUUGUUAUAGAAAAAGAGACGGUGACUCAAACACAAUGCAUUUGAACCUUGCUCAGUUUGAAUCUAUAAGUCAUCAAAUCAAAGCCAGUUUUCAACACUCUUAAUUUUAAGCUUAGCAGAUAACUUUAUGCGGUGAUAUUCUCAUGUGAAAUGCCCAACUUGUGAUUUUUAAGUCAAACAUUUUUUCUAGCUUUAACAUAUCUAGCUGUAAGAUAUAUUAAUUUGUGUAGCAAUUUGAUCAAGUUUACACUGCUCUAAGAUACGGAUUAGCAAAAAGGAUGCUUGGAAAAGUACAGUGUGACCGCGGCCGAAGUAUUUGUAUUGACAGCACCAAUUUACAGCGCAAGGGAAACUAGGCUUGAAGACAACUUGUUUCCAAGACGACUUUAUUGCUUCCAAAGAGGUGGCUAUGUUCAAGUCGUUAAACUAACUAUAGAGCAAUGUGUUACAUGGGAAGUUAAAUUCACAAAUAUGCAUUAUUAGUUACAUGCGCACUAGCGUGAAUAUCUUGUUAAAUGAUACUUCACUUCUGUCAAUAAUCUUGAUAAGAGUUUAUAUUAAAUAAAAUCAACUACAGAUCGAAACGACUAGCGUUUUGCUCGUCAAAUGGUUUGUUCUUGUUAUCUAAACACUCAUUAUUUCAAUAAAUUUUUUUUAAAAGCCACAGCAUUUCCAGGAUGAUACCAAAGACCACUGGGCCCCUUGAGCCUUCAUGUGAAUACCUUUUCCUGAAACUGAAAAAACGACCAGCCGUUAUACAUACUGAAAAUAUCCAUUUGUUUGCUGAAAAGAAACUGAA